GUCACGACGCUACGUAAUAUGUAGGAAAUACAUUUUACUGACUUGCCACUUUAUUUUGACACUAUGAAUGUGUAAUCCUUCGUAAUUUUGAAUACAGAUUUAGAUUCAGGGCAUCUAAAUAUAUGGAGAUUAUCACAACGACGGAAGACGCACACAGCCACUUGAAUGCCGAUCUACAAUUCAGCUAACAGUUGCUGUUUUGAUAAAUAUGGGGUUACACUGAAGUAAGGAAUUGAAAAGAAAUGUUAGAGCAGAAUCUUCCUACAAAUGCGUGCUGUGAUUUUUGUGUUGUUUUGCACCCUUGCCCUGUCAUGGGAUCGCGUGAGCUGCCAGGAGUUUGUUUACUCAAACAGGCAACUCGUGGCUGCUGGAAAUGCCUACACUUCAGUAUUGACCCGCAAUGGGGACGAGUGUGAUGUGGUGAUGAAUCUGUCUACCAGUGAAAGAUGUGAGUUUGUGAAGAACACGUCAGACUGUACUUCAGAUCAAGGAUUUAUUAACUACCCUUGGAUCACCUUCUGCCUGUUCUCACCUCCUCUACUACCCCUAGUUAUCACACUUUAUGUCCUGUGGCUGUUAAUUUUGUUCCUUGUUCUUGGAUUGAUUGCAUCAGACUUUUUCUGCCCAAACCUCUCAGCCAUCUCCUCAACACUAAGACUGACUCAUAAUGUGGCCGGAGUGACGUUCCUGGCACUUGGAAAUGGUGCUCCGGAUGUGUUCAGUGCCAUGGCUGCUUUCUCUCGCCCACAAACUGCUGGUCUUGCUAUUGGUGCAUUGUUUGGUGCAGGGGUCUUUGUGACAACAGUUGUUGCUGGGGGUGUUGCCUUGGUGAAACCUUUCACUGUGGCGUCCCGUCCGUUCCUUCGUGAUGUUAUAUUCUAUAUGGUGUCAGUGUUUUGGACCUUCAUUAUCCUCUAUAAAGGCCACAUUUCGCUGGGAGAGACCGUGGGCUUUCUGGGGCUGUAUUUUGUGUACGUUUUGGCUGUAGUUGUGAGUGCAUAUAUAUACAAUCGUCAGAAGCACCAGCUAAAUGGCUCAUUGGAGAGCUCGGACAGAGAACAGGAAGAGAUUCUCCCUUCUGAUUUACAUAGGGAAGGUGGCAGCAUUCAAGCCAGUGAUGGCGAGUAUGAGCCUUUGCUGCCUUACACUCUAUCAACCACUCAAAUUUUCUUUAAUGCCGUUAACCCGAUAGACAGCAGGACCUGGAGGAGACAACACUGGAGUAGGAGACUCCUCAAAGCAAUCAAGGUGCCUGUAGAAGUUCUCUUACUACUGACAGUUCCAGUGGUGGACACAGAUAAAGAGGAUCAUAACUGGAAACGGCCUCUUAACUGUCUUCACAUAAUCACUGGGCCACUGGUGUGUGUGCUCACCUUCCAGUCUGGGGCCUAUGGCGUGUACCUCAUUGAAGGAGAGUUUCCAGUGUGGGUGCUCACAGCCUGUAUUGGAUUCUUCCUAUCUGGCAUUGUGUUCUUCACUACCACAAAUGAACAUCCUCCUCCAUACCACUUUCUCUUUUCUUUCCUAGGUUUUGUAGUCAGUGCACUGUGGAUUAGUACUGUGGCGUCUGAGAUUGUCAGUGUGUUGCACCUGAUGGGGAUUGUUCUCAGUCUCAGUAACACUGUUCUGGGGCUCACCUUGUUAGCCUGGGGCAACAGCGUCGGAGAUUGCUUUGCAGAUAUUACUAUAGCCCGUCAGGGAUACCCACGGAUGGCCAUCUCAGCAUGUUUUGGGGGCAUUAUCUUCAAUAUGCUGAUUGGUGUGGGUCUGGGCUGUCUGCUGCAGAUGUUCCACGGCAGUCAUGUUGUGAUGCUGGAGCCGGAGGGCAUGCUGUGCUGGGUUCUGUCUGGAGCACUGGGUCUAUCUCUGGUCUUAUCUUUCGUACUGGUUCCUAUGCAGUGUUUCCACCUGAAUCGAGUCUAUGGCAUUUUUCUCCUGAUCUUCUAUGUCGUCUUCCUUAUUGUAGCCCUCCUCACUGAAUUUAAAAUAAUCCAUUUUUGAUGUCAACAGGAACAUUCACCAAACCAGUGCAAUGAAAUUUAUAAGAUGAUCUCCUGAAAUGUAUAAGAUAAUCUAUUUUUUUAAAUGUAUUUGCUCUGAGCCAGUAAUUAUUGUACACUAGUUGUCUUUUCAAGCAACCAUUUUGAAUCAUGAAAUUAUAAUGAAUUAUUUUAUUAAACAGAACACUUGCAAAAAUGUUCUGGUGUUGUUUGUUCUUUUGCACGCAGCCCAUGCCUAAAAUAUUUGUGUAAAAUUCCAAUGCCGGUAAGGUUUAAACCAACCUAACCUGGAUUGCUGGUUUUAGCUGUUAAUCGUAGAGUUUGCCUGUGUUUAAGCACGUAGCUCUUCAACCAACCAAUACCAACAAACCAGUUUAGGUUGACUCAGAGUUAUUUUCCAAUAUGGUAAUAUCAUAGCUCCCAGUUUUAAAGGAAACCAAUAAUCUUGUUGUAUGUCAGUUUGAAUGAAAGCAUAAUGUUACUGUGAAAACAAAAAGGAUUUAUGGUAAUUGGGAUCAGUUUAUGGAACUCUUUGGACAUUGUUCAAAAAUCAUGUUACACGAUUUAAAAUAAUCUACUUGGAAAAAACGAAUAAAGUGAAACAUAAGAUCUAAUGUUUGAUAAAUUUGAAACUGUCAAUUAUUUAGACGUGAAGUACAAUUGCGAUAGGGAAAAACGAGGGAAAAAACGGCACGCUUAUCUAUUCUGUGUUAGAUGAUCACAUUAUUGGGUAAAGCCAAGGGGCAUGAAAUAUAAGACUUUUUUUCUUCAUCAUGCUCCUAUUCAGCAUUCAAAGUUAUAAUUAUGUUGUGGAUGUGAUUAUUUUGUGUUUGUAAUGACAUCAUGGCUGAAUAAAAUGAACUUGAUUGAUUGAUUGA